AGCACAUACACUGUCAGCCCGGCGAAUCGAAAUAGCGUCCGCGCCUGUCUCAUCGAUCUGCCCCGGGUUGUUACGUUACAUGCUUUCCUUUUUUUCUCUCAAGGUUGCAGUAGCUUCACGCGGGGUGCUGUGCAUCUUUUGAUAUCUUGUGCAACCUGCCAACUUCACCUUCAUCACCUGACGAAGAGGCCAGGACCACAACUUCUGGAUCAGGCUGAGAGGGCCACUUGAGCCAGAAACGAGAGAUAAUUACAUAGCAAACCCCGGCUUCACCCACUCACCAGGAGUCAACAUCUUCUCUCCCCACCAAGUCUCUAAAACAACCUCCACUCCUCCACCACAUUACCAUUGACAUCACUUUUACAUACGCAUCGUGAUCCACCAUCAACCCUCAGAACAUUGUCAACUUCAACCACUCACCCAGAAUGUCCAAACCAAACUACCUCGAGUCCCUCGAACGCGACGGCUUCGUCCUCAUCCCCUCGGUCCUAACCCCGGCUCAAAUCACCACCCUCCGUACCGCCAGCAAAGAAACUAUCGACCUCGCUCGCUCGGGCAACUGGGCCUGGGUCCGCACCCUCCCCAAGCAAUUCCCACCCUGGAACAUCGAGCCGGGAGUGAACCCGGCAGCCGGUGGGAUCUGGGGCGUGCAAUUUCUCAUGCACCCAAAACUGCCUAACUCCCCAACCUUCAUCAAGAAUUACUUCUCCUCCGCAAUCAUCGAUGUUGUGAAGCAGCUUCUGGAAUGCGAGGACGAGGAUUUGGUGAUGGAGUUGUUCAAUCUGUUGAUUCGACCCGAUCGCGAUUUUGAAUUGCGGUGGCAUCGGGAUGAUAUCGAGGCUACGGCGACGGCGGAGGAGGAGCUUGAGAGACUGAAGGAGCCGGCGUGGCAUGCGCAGUGGAAUUUGUCGUUGUACGAUGAUGACAGCCUCAUUGUUGUUCCUGGCAGUCACAAGCGUGCCCGAACAGACGUGGAGCGGAACGCAGACCCAUUUGCGAAGGAUAUCCCGGGAGAGAUCAAAGUGCAGAUGAAGGCUGGAGAUGUGGUGUUCUACAACAACAAUAUUCUGCACCGAGGGGCGUAUGUUAGUAGCCAGGAGAGAAUGACGCUGCAUGGAAGUAUGGGCCAUGUUGGAGGCAGCAAUCUCAGAGCAAGAAAUGUGCUGCAGCAUGGAAUUGGGGAGUGGGUUUCUGAUAUCGAUUUGAGUGUCCUGGGUGAGAAGGACCAAAAAAGAGCUGAAGACAUGCGGGAGAGGUUGCUGAGUAUGGGACAGUAUGAUGAGAAGACGAUGGGUUACUCGUUGAAUGGAUGAGGUACGGAUCGCUCUUAUUCUCACUUACUUCGCCGUCACCAUUUGUCAAAUAUUGCCUGGAUUCACCCAUAUCACAGUUGCACAAAAAGCUUUACCUCACAUGUCGAAGGCAAUGGAUCUUUCGUUCUCACCAACCCGCGAGUCCGCUUUUGUCACGUGAUCACAUGCUUAACUUUCAUCCAUUCCCCAGUGUCGUCGAUCCGCGCCGAACAAAGGCCCUUGAAAGUUCAGUAAUCAUUUUGAAGUCAUU